AUGACCGGGCAUUGGAGCUACUGUGAUGAUGAUGAAUGUGGGCCAAACCGUUGGCCUACCGGUCAACAUCAAUCCCCAAUUAACAUCGACUUGGGAGAAGUUGAACGUAAGGAUACCCAUGAUGGAAUCAAGUUUGUGAACUAUGACCAUCCUAUCCAAGGGGAUAUUGUGAACAAUGGGCAUUCAGUUCAAAUGACCCCGGAACUUCGUUCGGAGCACCCGGAAAUUUAUGGAGGUGGCCUUGAUCAAGUCUACCGUCUUGUUCAAUAUCACUUCCAUUGGGGAGAGAAUGACAACGAGGGAUCGGAGCAUACUCUUGGUGGGCUCCGCUAUCCGGCUGAGCUCCAUUUGGUACACCAGGGAGUUGAGGAUCCCGGAAAACUUGCUGUUGUUGGUGUUUUUCUCCAAAUUGGAAAAGAGGGAAAAGCUUUGUCGAAUGAGGAACGCGUUCUUGGACAACUUCGUAACCCGGAAACUGUGACUCGUAUUGAGAAUGUGAAACUUUCGGAGAAGUUGCCAAAUAAUAGAAGAUCCUUUUGGAGAUACGAAGGAUCACUUACCACCCCACCAUGCUCCGAGAUUGUCACUUGGACUAUCUUCACCGAGCCAGUUACAGUAACCCAUGACCAACUCGAGCUCUUCCGUCAAGUACAAGACAUCGACAAACGUCCGAUCAAGAAGAACUACCGCCCGACCCAAAACUUGAAUGACCGCAAGAUUGUUCACAUUGUAGCCAACUAA